UCAUCUGACUCGACAUUCACUUGCACCCAGUUGGCGUCCUUCUCUCCAGACAACUAUCAUCAAAAACAUGUGUAAGCAUCUCAAUAACACAAUACCGAAUCAGGAGGGUGUGUUACAUAGUCCCAUAAUGCUUGCAUAUAUUGCAUGCACACACAUGGCGCCGUCAUGUUCCCGCCACAAAUGAAGUGGUUGGCAUGAAGGCAAAGAACAUGCCGAUGAUUUUGAAAAACUAUUCUUUACACCACCAAACCGUUGUAUGCAUUUGUCCAUCGCACAGGAGCGUACCGGUGGUCAAGGUUUCCAGGCCACAGUUUAUGAUGAGCACCACGUUAACGUCAUUUCUCCACGCUCUUUGGACUCAGAGAGGACAUCAAAAACUUGGACGAAGAUUGCCGUUCUCGUUUGGUUUCGACCCGGUUCUGGCAGUGGUUACGCAUCCCCGAUCUAGGAAGCUGUGCAAGAGUACUACAUUCAAAAAGCGAAUAUCUCCUCGGGGCUUGGCCCUGCCUCACUCAGCCCUCCGACGAUCACGGAACUCACACCUUUGGUUGCUCCCUGACAUGCUUCCAAGCCGGAGCUGCGCUCCGGCGGAAUCAAUGCUGUGCAAGGUUGCAGCCAAACGUAUGAGGUCUCCUGCAAAGCCGCAAGUCAUCAUGACUGGCUUAUAUCAUUGCGGCUGUAGCCGACAUCGACGAUGCACACAUGGGGAGAUUUCCUGACACCAAGCUACAUACGGCCCAGGGCAUCGAACCCUAGUUUGCUGCUACUACCCCUACUAGUGUUGCUACUCUUCAUCAUUACCAGAGAUGCUCCCCCACCCUGUACAUAAUUGGAACUCAUAAUGGAUAUAUCGCUAUGCUGCAUUUGUGA